CCUCCCGGCGCUUAAUUAUUAUUGCUCUCGUUGCUCCUUCAAGUCAUCUCACAAAGAGAAGGGUGGACUCUACCGCACCGCCACUGCAUCUCCGUCUCCCCCUCCCUCCCCUCCUUUUUUUUUUCCCGCUUCCAUCGUUUCUUCCUCUCUCUUCUCUCCUCCUGUCUCUUCCUUCCCCGCCUGUCCGUCCAUUCGCCUCCGUUACCCAGCGACAAUGUCCGAUUUACAGGGUCGUAAGAUCUUCAAGGUCUUCAACCAGGACUUUAUUGUCGAUGAACGCUACAAUGUGACCAAGGAACUGGGUCAGGGUGCCUACGGCAUUGUCUGUGCUGCCCAGAACACUCAGUCCGGCGAAGGUGUCGCCGUCAAGAAGGUCACCAACGUCUUCAGCAAGAAGAUUCUGGCCAAGCGCGCGCUGAGAGAGAUCAAGCUGCUCCAGCACUUCCGAGGCCACCGCAACAUCACUUGCCUGUAUGAUAUGGACAUUCCUCGACCUGAUAACUUCAACGAGACGUACCUCUAUGAAGAAUUGAUGGAGUGUGAUUUGGCCGCGAUCAUUCGCUCUGGACAGCCCCUGACCGACGCCCAUUUCCAAUCCUUCAUCUACCAGAUUCUCUGCGGUCUGAAGUACAUCCAUUCCGCCAACGUUCUGCACCGAGACCUGAAACCCGGUAACCUGCUGGUCAAUGCGGACUGCGAGCUCAAAAUCUGCGAUUUCGGCCUGGCUCGUGGUUUCUCGAUCGACCCGGAGGAGAAUGCCGGUUACAUGACCGAAUACGUUGCGACCCGGUGGUAUCGUGCUCCGGAAAUCAUGCUGAGCUUCCAGAGCUACACCAAAGCUAUUGAUGUGUGGUCCGUCGGAUGUAUCCUGGCCGAACUCCUCGGUGGCCGGCCCUUCUUCAAGGGCCGCGACUACGUCGACCAGCUGAACCAGAUCCUGCACUACCUCGGCACCCCCAACGAGGAGACUCUGGGCCGCAUCGGAUCCCCCCGCGCCCAGGAGUACGUGCGCAACCUGCCCUUCAUGCCCAAGAUCCCCUUCCAGCGACUGUUCCCCAACGCCAACCCCGACGCCCUCGACCUGCUCGACCGCAUGCUCGCCUUCGACCCGACGUCACGAAUCUCCGUCGAGGAGGCCCUCGAGCACCCCUACCUGCACAUCUGGCACGACGCCUCGGACGAGCCGACCUGCCCGUCCACCUUCGACUUCCACUUCGAGGUCGUCGAGGACGUCGGGGAGAUGCGUCGCAUGAUCUACGACGAGGUGGUGCGGUUCCGGUCCGUCGUGAGGCAGCAAUCCCAGGCGCAGGCCGCCGCUGCCCAGCAGCAGCAGAUCGCCCAGCAGACCAACGUCCCCAUCCCCGAGAACCAACAGAGCGGCUGGAAGCAGGAGGAACCGAAGCCUCAGGAGGCGCUGGCGCCGAGCGGUGGCCAUCCCAACGAUCUGGAAUCGUCGCUGGCCCGUGGAAUGGACUCGCACCGAUAAACCAGACACCAAUACCAACCAACAAACAAACAGAAAAAACAAUGCAAGUCAAGUCUGAAUAACAUUCCCCUCUCUUUUUUUCUGGGCGGAGAAUGUUUCCUAUCUAUAUCGAGUCGGGUAGUAGAAGAGGUAUUAGCGAGUAUAGCAUGAGAAGUGUAUGUUUUUUUUUAUCCCCCUUUGUCGUUGCUUUAUAUCAUGUCAGUCGAUUCGAUUGGACGAUGACGAUUUGGUUUGUAAGGACUUGGUCUUUUAUGUUGAUGUCUGAUGUCGGCGGUAUUCGAUUGAUUGAUUGAUUGACUGGCGAGGUGAGAAACGAGUGAUUAAUGAAUAUAAAUACAUUAGGUAGUGUACAUCUCACUUUAUGCUCUUAUAAAUAGGACGAUGACGGAUUGG